AUGACCACGAUGAACACCACACCUUUACUCAACACGUGUACCGCCGCAUUCAACGCCAUUGCUGCUCGGGUACAAGGCGCGGAUAAGGACGAUGAGGACAUUCUCGAGCGGGAUGAAGAGACGGACGAUGAGGCGAGCGGCGACGAGGCCAUCGGCGAAUCCGAUGAGCGCGAUGUUGAAGACAUGAGCGACGACCACGGCUCAUCAACACCGAGCGUCAAGGCCCCGGUAGUGUCUCUAGACUCUAACGACACAGCGUUCAAACAGGACAUACUGGACCCGGAAGACCUGCCUGCCUUCGGCGACGAUCUAGAUGCCACCAAAUGGAUGAAACUCGCACUCUGGCAAGAAGGCGGAUACGAGGGCAUGCUGAAAGUACUUUUGAAGGAUGAGAUCGUGGCUCAUUGUCACGGCUCCGCUACAGCUUCAAACUCCGAUGAACAGUGCAUCCUCGCUCCGGCGCGCAUGAUGGUCGCUUCUAUGGAUAAGGACAUUCUCAAGGCCGUCGUACGCAGUAAUCUGGCUCUCCAAGCGAAGAGCAACAGUGUCAUCAAGGACCGCUUGGACGACUUGUAUGCUGAAGCCAAAGACAAACCAUCAAUCUACUACCAGCUCUUCGUCGACGACAACGGCCAUUCUCCUACGCCACACGAACUCAUCACGAUCCUGGACACCAUGGAAGAAUACGUCAAUGCUACAAACCAUACCCUCGCGAACGAGAUCGACAACGUCAAGGAACCGCACAUCGAUCUGCUCAAAAGCCAGAGUGGCUUUAGGAACUCAGGAACAAAGAAAGACCACGCAUACCGCGAGUUCCAGUCCGCCGCCAAGGUCAAGGAAAUCACCCGCCUGAUCGAGAAGGUACGAGCGCGACUAAGCGGUUUACCAUAUCAGUACCACAACAAGCCGUUGGAGCAUCCACUCGUCCAAGUCGGAUAUUCAGCUCGCUCCCAGGCCCGCCUCAAGAAGCACGCCAACCACUCUCGCUCCAUCCCCGCCAUGAACCUCGCCUCAGCAAUCGCUGCCGUACUCUUCACAAACAACACUCUUCCCAAGCUAUACAAGAUGAACCAGUACAUCAUCUACAUCUGCCACACCGCGUCCCACGCUUCUCUUUCCGAAAUCGUAUUGACACGACUCGCGGAAGGCUACAUGGGCAACGGAGGAGGAUUCAGCCACUAUCCCGCAGCCCGAAGCGCUGCCUCUGCGCUCAAGACUUCGGAGCAGGAAUGGGACAAGUGUGCUCAGUAUGCGAUUGAGCGGUCGCCGCUGAGGAAGAACCUAAAGAGCGAUUGCGAGAGGUUGAAGAAGAAACUUGCGGAUGCGAGGAAAAGGAAUUCGAGUCCGCUUAUGAAGUCCGCUGAUCGCGCGUUGCUGGCAAGAGCGAAGGAAAUGAAUGAGAGGACAAAAGCUAGGCGGUCGGAAGAGGAUCCAGAGAUACACCAGAAGGCUGCCGACAUCAUUGCAGAGUUUCGUAAACGGCAUCCGAUCCCGGAGGACGAGGCAAGUGUAUGA